AUGGUGAAAAAAAACCCCCGUAAAGAGCUCAGUCAAGAUCAACGAAGCCGUAUUAUCAGCGCUUACCUGUGUGGUUUUAGACCACUUCAUAUUGCCCAAGCUCUUGGUUUCCCGAAGUCAACGGUGUAUGACACUGUUAAUCGGUACGACGAAACAGGCUCAGAACACCCAAACAAACGCCCUGGUCGCCAGGAAGUACUUUCUGAGCAUGAUAAACGUGCUUUAGUCCGUAUUGCAAAUAAUAAUCAUAAAGCACCAUUGGCCGUCAUUACAAAUGAACUGAAUCUUCAGCUUGGGACGACACUUACCACCAGAACCACCCGAAAUGAUGAGUCAAGGUUUUGCCUUUACAAAUCGGACGGUCGUGAAAGAGCUUGGCGCCGAGUUAGUGACAAAUAUCAUAAAGAUUGUAUAAAUACAACUGUGAAGUUUGGUGGUGGUUCCGUGAUAUGGUUACAUCGAUGUACUUGCAAAACAUUUUGUUCCCUGGGCAAAUCUUUAUUAGAACAAUAUCCGGAUGAAAUAAAUUUAGUAUUUCAACAAGAUUUAGCUCGUGUUCAUACAUCGACUUAUUCAGAAUGGUGGAUAAAAUCUCAUGGUUUCGAUAUAUUAGAUUGGGCACCGUAUAGUCCUGAUUUGAAUCCGAUCGAAAAUCUUUGGGAACGUGUUGAUUCGGCGCUACGUAAUAGAAGGCCAGCACCUGAAACUCAAGAAGAAUUGGUUAAGUGUAUAAAAGAAGAAUGGAAUAAAAUACAAAUUGUGUAUAUUCAUUCGCUUAUCUGUAGUAUGUCGGCUCGUGUGAUGGCGAUAUAUAAAGCCAAGGGAUGGCAUUCGAAGUAUUAA